GAAUGGUGGGAGUUGAACUCCAAAACGCCUGGAGGGCCUAAGGUGGCCCAGGCCUGCUCCUUAAUGUGGCAGCGUAGAUCCAGCCAAGCUCCCCCGGCCCUUCUCGGCCCCUCCUUCGCUCCCUCCCUUCCUUCCUUCCUUCCCUCCCUUCUUCCCUCGGCGAGAGCCAUGGCCUGGCCUCCCCCGUUCCGCUCUUGGGACCUCCUCUGGUCCCUGUUGGGCGGCGCGGCCUUCCUGGCGGACCUGGGCGCGGAUGCCUGGGUGGCCAUCCGCUUUUGGCAGGCGGGCCGCGCUUCCUGGGCCGGGCUGGUGCUGGGCCUAGCGGGCCUCUCCUCGCUAACCGUGCAGGCCUUCAGCUGGGCCUGGCCUCGGGGCGACGCGCCGGAGUUGCGGCGAGGGCUGCCCUCAGGCCCGGCCUGGCUGGCCUUGCACGUCCUGCAGCUGGGCUACCUGUACAGAUGCCUCCAUGCCUUGAAGGUGGGUUUCAACGUCUGCCGGAUGAAAGUUGCCACAGAAACAGAGCGGGCCUAUGCCAUUUUCCUGUCCCAUGAUAUUAGCUUACUACGUCUUUUUGAGACCUUCCUGGAAAGUGCCCCUCAGCUCACACUGAUGCUCUACAUUAUUCUGUACACAAACAAAGUGGAGAUAUUUCAAGUACUUGGCAUUUGCACAUCUUUCUUCUGUAUUGCCUGGACGCUCUUGGACUAUCACCAAACUUUGCGCAGCUUUCUACAGGAAAAAGACAAGCUGGAUUUUCUGUCUUCAGUCCUCUACUUCCUGUGGAACUUCCUGUUGGUGUGUCCCCGCAUCCUGUCUCUUGCUGUCUUCGCUGUGCUCUUCCCAAGCUACAUUUUCCUUCACUUCCUGGGCGUUUGGUCAGUCAUGUUUCUCUGGGUCUCAUUGCAAGGCACGGACUUCAUGGAGAAUACCUGUGAAUGGGCUUAUCGGGCAGUUGUAGCGGUCAUCCUCUAUUUCUGCUGGUUCAAUGUGGCCGCAGGGAAGACGUGCCACCGUUCAUGCAUUUAUCACACAUUUAUUUUGCUGGACAGCAUUAUCCUCUCUGUCUCAUGGCUUUGGCACAAUACUCCCUUGAGCAGAGACUCGUACAUGAUACAUGCUCUCAUUGCUGCCUUGCCCUGCUACUUGCUUGGCAUCCUUCUAAGAGUCAUCUACUACAAAUUUUUCCACCCAACAGUACAGAAUGUAUCCCCAAACAUUUACGAUGAAGUGGAUACCCAAGGGACUGUGAGUGACAGAACCAUUGAUUUGCAGAUUGUGGUGGACCAUUGGAUAUCCUCCAGUGUCAUGAGACAUGUGAAUCAUCGAACGUACAAGCUCUCCCAAAACUUCUUUGUUGACACUUUACAGGGCAAGCGCCCACCCCAAAAUGGGACUCUUGGGGAUGUGUAUUUGUGAUCUUUACAUAUCAAGAGCCCAAUAAAGGCAGAAUGUUUUAGACAA